AUGCUCAGCGAGUGGCGCACGGCCCAGCGCCAGGCUCGCAAUCCUGGGCUGCCACACCAGACGUACCAGUUGCCGCGCAAUUACCAGCUGAUGUUGUUCUGGGCUGGACUGCGUGGUGCAGUCGGUUUCGCUCUUAGCGAAGGUAUUGUGGGUGAGAAUGCCCAGGCACUACAGACUACUGUGCUCGUCGUUGUGGUGCUCACUGUGAUUGUCUUUGGCGGCACAACGGCGCAGAUGCUGGAAGUGUUGCAAAUUCAGACAGGCGUGCAGGAUGAAGAGGCUGAAUCUAGUGAAGAUGAUCUCGACUCUGACGCUCACGCAUGGCUUUCGUAUGGCCACCCUGCUGUUUCUGAUACCCCUGCGUAUCAGGAUACACAGCACAGUGGCUAUGUGCCGAGUACUGCUAACGAUACCAACGAGAUUCUACCUUCUGUUAACAGCUCGAGCAAUGCGCUUCCUCAGGCGAUUGUCGCUGGACCCGGUGGCUUGCGGAGUGUCAGCAACGACGAACUAGAUAUCAUUGAUCCUGACGAGCCCAUUGAUCGGGCGCGCUCAGCGCGGGCUAUGUUGGACCAAGCGAACCUCAUUUUCCGUGACGGCCAGUGGUUCCAGCGUAUUGACGAGCGAUACCUUCUCCCCAUGUUCAGCAACACGGUCGCCAACCGCAAGCAUGAGCAGCGGAAAGAACAAUUACAAGCACGGCGCGCCAUAUCACGCGAGUGGGCCUUCCGACUCGGGGCGUGUCUCUCCUAA